AGAAAAGAAAAGAAAAAAAAGCCCUUCCAAACAUCACUUGUUGGGUGCUAGAAAAAAAAAAAAAAAAAAAAAAAAGAGGAGAAAGAGUUGUAACCAAAAGUGUGCGUAGCGCAGUCAUUUUUGAGAUGAUGGAAGGAAGAGAGGAAGAAGAAAUUAUGGCAGCAACAGCAGCAAACUACUAUUCCAAAGACUUUGAAUGGGACCACCUUCGCCAAGAGAUUGAAAACAAUCCUUGUCACGCUCACCACCUGCUUCCUUUUCCUAAACAAGAUGAUCAACAACAUACGCUUUUGUGUUCCCCGCAAGAAGAUGAUGAUUCUGAAGCAUGGAGCAAAUUCCACACUCGCCAUUCAACUGGCAAGUUCUUCAAAGAGCGUCGGUACUUGCUUAAGGAAUUCCCCGAGCUAGCCUCUUGUGGGGAAUGCUCAACAAUUUUGGAGAUUGGAUGUGGAAAUGGUAGUACAGCUCUGGCAAUACUACGUGGAAACAAGAGCAUCUCUCUGUAUGCCUGUGACUGCAGCAAAGAAGCUCUUGAGAGGGCUAAAGAGAAUAUUGAAGCGGCUAAUAUAAACUUGGCUAAAGAACGUUUUUACCCAUUCCAAUGUGAUUUCUCCGCAAGCAGAUUUCCAAACUGGUUAGCCUGCACUGCUUGCCGUGAAAAUUUCUUCCAGAAGCAGAGUAUGUGCAUCUCAGAUGCAAGAAGCUGCAGUAAGCAAGAUUUCCCAUCUGCCAAGAACAAUAGCUGCAUUGGCGGAGUAGAUUUUGUUACCUUAAUAUUUACACUAUCAGCAGUGCCACUUCACAGGAUGUCGAGAGCAAUCACAGAAUGCUUCUCUGUUCUAAAGCCCGGAGGGCUGUUGUUAUUCAGGGAUUAUGGUCUUUAUGAUAUGACCAUGCUUCGGUUCGAGCCAGAGCAAAGAGUAGGAUACAGGGAGUACAUGCGUUCUGAUGGAACAAGGUCUUACUUCUUUUGCUUGGAUAGGGUACGAGAUCUCUUCUGCGCCACAGGAUUCACCGAGCUCGAGCUUGAAUAUUGUUGUGUCCAGUCGGUGAAUCGACAGAAUGGGAAGAUCAUGCAAAGAGUAUGGAUUCACGGGAAGUUCCAGAGGCCACAUGUUCAUGUAGGUUCUUAACCCUGUGGUGUUGAUGGGAGAAAGUGAGCUGGCCAGCAGCUACCUAAUGUUCCUUGAGCAUAAGAAACUGAAAAAAGAAGAUAAACAAAUAUGUUAUUUUUUACUCUUAAUCUUCCUCCAACAGAGCUAAAUCAAUUAUGUGUAGAAGUAGAAUACUAGAUUAUAAUGUCAGCACCUGAGAUUCCUUUGAAUGAAAGAUUCAAUCAUUUUCUA